AUGGACGGUCUCGAAAUUUUGUUCACCAAAGUGACUCCAAGUUUGAUACGUCUCAAAAAGAUAUUCUCCAAUGACACUUUCAAAUCAUCUUGGCUCAAAAUCACAUUGCAUGAAAUUGUAUUGAACUCAGAGAUUGUCAACUUCUUUUUGAAUAUGGCGGAUCUUCGUAAAGAGUUUAAUAUUUACGAUUGUGACAUGCCACUGGAUUUCAAACAUGAGAAUGCUUUCAAAUUUGGAACAAUUUGUUACUUUGAUGCACGAUGGGUCACUAUAAGUGACAUUCUAAAAAUCAGAGGUGUUGAAAAUGUGUCAUUGUACAGGACUAGACUCACUUCGAAUCAUGUGAGACACUUCAUUUCCCGUUGGAUUAAUUGUCCAGAUGAUAUGUUCAAAUGGAUGACAAUCACAGCGAUGGAAAUUAUUCAGUUGGAAGGACUAUUCAACGAAUUGGUUGUGUUGGAGGUUAACGAGAAUCCUCCUAACAUUGGAUACUUCACACUUGCCAAGUCCACUUCGCGAGCCUACAAGCUCUUGUUUAUUCAGCAUAGUUUAGGUGCUGUGGAACUGUCUGCAUGGAAACCUUAUGAUAAUGCUGACAGAUAUGGAAAUAUCGAGGAAAAAUUCAAAAACGUUUAUGAGAUCAUGGAACUGUUGGAGAAGGAGAAAACAUUGGAAAAGGGGUUGGAGGAGACAAGAGAUGUAGCAAAGCGGAGAGGAUACAGGGACCAAAUCCAGAAAUUGGAAAGAAAGAUUCAUGAGUUGGGAGUGGUUUAUCGAGAUGGAAGAGCUACUAUUUAA